CACUGGGUCUAUAUGUGAAAGAAUGGAGAGUAAUAAUGUCCGCUGGGAGGAGUGCUUCAUUAAAGCUGAUCUUAAAGAUAAAAAAGUUGACAAGACAUCCUUAUGUUAUGUAUCUUGUCGAGAAGGGAAUGAUUCAAAAUGCUGGAGCUCUUUGAAUCAAAAGGAUGGCGGUUUUCCAGAUACUUUUAAGGCCAUGUUAAAAACUGUUACUAAUGGAGAUGCUAUCAAAGUGCCCCCUGGUGCGCCAUGCAACAAUUUUGCUGGCUACUGUGAUGUGUUUAAUAACUGUCGAGAGGUGGACGCUAAUGGACCCUUGUCAAGACUCUAGAACUAACUUUUUAACCAGGAGACACUUAAUCAUUGAUUGUAUUAUUUUAAGUUGAGAAGUAGACUGGUAUUG